GGUGCCGCUCUGCGCCUCCGCUCCAUGGUUACGGUCCGCCCGGCGGGGGAGCGCGGAGCUGUCCCGGCCCGGUGGAGUUAACAACCUGUUUCUUUCCCAAGGAGAGGGUGUGUCACUUAGAUAAAGCCAAGUGGUUCUGUGGGACUUUAAACUUCCAAGUGUGACAUUUUUUCCUGUCAGAUGUAACUUGGUGUACACAUUUGCUCGAAAACACAAUCUGUUCACGCAGUCAUGUCUGAGAAAGACAGUGGUGAAGAUCUGAAAGAAGAAACCUCUUAUGAAGAUGAAAAUGAACAGAAAGCAGAGGACCUUGACAGCACUGAGAGCAAGCAAGAGAAAGAGCAAGAUAUGGAGUCUAUGCCUAUGACUCGGAAAAGACCUGAACCCAAACCCCCAAGCCAGCUUGCUGCCACAGAAAAGCCUGCAGCUGAAACCCUCAAGGUCUCGGAUUCUUCAGCUGCAGUUCAGACAGGAUGGGGGUACUGGGGAAGCUGGGGGAAAUCUCUUCUGUCAACUGCAUCUGCUACUGUAGCUACUGUAGGUCAAGGUAUUUCAAAUGUCAUAGAAAAAGCAGAAACAACCCUUGGGAUCCCCAGUCCUAGUGAAAUCUCUUCAGAGACUAGAGAUGCUACAAGAGGAAGUGAAAAUCCUGGUGCUGGCAGCACAGAUGCAGUUGAGGAUGGCAGUUCCUUUCCUAUUGCUGGGGCUCUUGAAGUAUUAUCAACCAUCACUACUGCUGUCCAAAGCACAGGAAAAAGUGUUAUUAGUGGAGGUCUGGAUGCCUUGGAAUUCAUUGGGAAAAAGACAAUGGAUGUAAUAGCUGAGGGAGACCCUGGAUUCAAAAAAACAAAGGGCCUAAUGAACAGAAACUCCACGUUAUCUCAGGUUUUACGAGAGGCAAAGGAGAAGGAAGAGCAGCAGACAGCUACUGAGGUUACCAUGGCUACAGAGAAGAAAGCCCAUUAUGGGUUACUGUUUGAUGAGUUUCAGGGUCUUUCUCAUCUGGAGGCCUUAGAGAUGCUUUCCAGAGAGAGUGAAUCAAAGGUGAAAUCAGUUCUAAGUGCUCUCUCUGGAGAAGAGUUGGAAACACUGAAGGAGGAAAUAGAACAACUCAAAGAAGCAUUUUCUUUACCUGAAUUCUUUGAAGAAGAGGAGGAAGAAAAGAAGGGAGAUGAGGAGUUCACAAAAGAAGUAACAGAGUUAUUUUCAGAGUUGUGCAUCUCCUCAAGCCCAGCCAAACUGAUUACGGUGAGGACAUCUGCUCAUGAGUGGAUAGCACAAUUCAACAGCAGUCUUCCUAAAGAAGAAAAAGAGAGCGAAGAGAACCAAGAAGUAGAAUCCAGAGAUGGUGACCACGAUGCUAAAAAAUCAGUAGAGGAUAUUCAUGCAUUUGCCAUAAGAAGUCUGGCUGAACUGACAGCAUGCUCCAUUGAAAUGUUCCACAAAACUGCAGCUUUGUUUCUACAUGGUCAGAAACAAGAGGUGACGGCCACAGACAGAGCCAAGUCCCUUUCACAAAUGACAAUUGUGCUGUGUAAAGAACUGUCAACUUUCUCUAAAGAGUUUACUACAUGCUUAACAACUGCAGGGGUCAAAGAGAAAGCAGAUGUGCUUAAUCCCUUAAUCACUGGAGUGUUUUUGGAGGCUUCAAACAGUGCUUCAUAUAUCCAAGAUGCCUUCCAGCUCUUGCUGCCUGUACUGCAGAUCUCUCUUAUUGAGGCUAGAACGGAACUAUCACAGUAAUAAAAACCCUUCUAAUUAAGAACUUUUUGACCUUCCCUCUUCGUAGUUUCCAUGCUGGAGAGUGAUGUAAUGGCUCUUAUUAAAGGGAAAAAGAUUAACUCUGAUCGCUGCUGCUGCAGGAAUGGUGAUUAAAUGCAGUCUGGCAAUGACAGCUUCCACAGCACUGAGAGAUGUGAUUAGCAUAGUCCAGGCUGGUGGGCAACGUGACAGACUUAAGUGCAGACUGCUUCUGUGUUUCCAUGGACUAUAUCUGCUCACUGAAAUCCCUCUGCUGUAUCUGUUAACAAGCCCUUUGUCUUCACAGUCCGGAGAGCUUCUCCCAGUGCUGGAGAGAAGAGUAGCAGCUGGCUAGUUAAAGAGUUAGCUAAAAUCAUGGUGUGAUUUUUAAGUCAGGGAGACAUAAUUAGGCUCCUGAUAGCUCUGCGUUGGUGUUGAACUGAAUAUUGGAUAGGAGGUGCAAGAAAAGGCAAAUAUUUAUGAACCUUGCAGUUCCUAGGCUGGAAAGAAUAGAGCUGGAAAGAGAGGAUUCCUUAUCAAGCCGUUGCUGCUGAAGAGAAGCCCUGGCUUCCUGAAGAUGUCUGUUAAUGACUCAGGGAUGUGGGGCUGGGACUCUCACCAGGGUGCUGUUCUCUUGCAGAGUGCUUGCUUCAGCAUGAGCUGGGAAAAUGCUGAUGUGGCCCUAAGAAUGUGGGUACUUUGCUUUAUAGCAAUAAAUGAGAACUGGCAAAAAGAGA